AUGAAAAAAGUUAAUACAAACACUCCAGCUGCAUUCUUCAUUGACGGUCCUGGUGGUACAGGAAAAUCUUUUCUCUAUAAAGCACUCCUUGCAACAAUUAGAUCAAAAGAAGACAUUGCAUUAGCAACUGCAACAUCAGGAGCAGCUGCAUCAAUACUUUCAGGAGGUCGUACUGCUCAUUCACGCUUCAAAAUCCCUCUCCAUCAUGAAGCUAGCAGCACAUGUAAUCUUUCUAAACAAAGUGCAAUGUCUCAGUUAAUCAAGAGUGCAAAGCUCAUAAUAUGGGAUGAAACAGCAAUGGCAAAAAAAUAUGCAAUUGAGUCCCUUGACAGAUUUCUUAGAGACUUGUUAAGUUGUGAUCACAUCUUUGGUGGUAAAAUCAUUGUUUUUGGUGGGGAUUUUCGACAGACUCUUCCAGUAGUGAGGAAAGGGCAAAAGGAAGAUUACAUCUCUGCAUCACUUAUCAAUUCAUAUGUCUGGCCACAACUUCAAAAGAUACGGCUGACUGAGAACAUGAGAGCAUCUUUGGACCCAUCAUUUUCAAAUCUUUUGCUAAACAUUGGAGAUGGAACACAGCCAACCAUUGCAGAUGACAAAAUCCAGUUGCCUUCUCCUAUGAUCAUUCCUUUUAUUAAUGAUGAAGUAUCAUUAAACUCCCUCAUCAACAUUGUUUAUCCAUCACUGUCUAACUUUCUGCCCUGCAAUUCUGCUAUGAUUAAUAGAGUCAUUCUCAGUACAACAAAUGAUAUUGUCCAUGAGGUCAACCAAAUUUUGAUCCAGAAAUUCCCAGGAGAAGAAAUCAAAUACAUCAGCUUCGAUCAAACCAUAGAUCCAACCAAGCAAGCUGAUCACGGUGACUUCUUAAAUAUUGUUCACCCUCCAGGAUUACCCCCACAUGAAUUGAUUUUGAAGCAAAAUUGCCCAGUUAUACUUCUAAGAAAUCUCAAUCCUGCACAAGGAUUAUGCAAUGGAACACGUUUGAUUUGUUUAAAUUUCAACAAAAAUGUUAUUCAUGCACAAAUUUCAGUUGGAAUUCAUUCUGGCAAACAAGUUUUCAUUCCUCGCAUUCCAUUGCAUAGCUCUAAUGAUGAAUCAUAUCCAAUCCCUUUCAAACGCACUCAAUUUCCAAUCUCUCUCUGUUUUGCUAUGACAAUUAACAAAACACAGGGACAAACACUUGAUUUUGUAGGAUUAUAUUUGAAAGAACCAGUAUUUUCACAUGGUCAAUUGUAUGUUGCACUAUCAAGAGCCAAAACAGCUGAUAAUGUUAAAAUUCUACUUAGACCUGUUGCAUCUGAUUCUUUAUCCCAUAAUUCUACACGCAAUGUAGUUUAUCAGGAAAUCCUGGCAGCUGCAACUCAUGAUUAA